GAGGAAUAUUCUGGAACCCUAACUCUUCUCACUAUAAAUAUUCUCUUUCUCUGCUUGCAGCCGUUCUCACUUCGAUCUCGCUCCAGCUCGAGCCCUUAAACUUGCUGAAUCUUUUCGGAGCGAGAACGAAGAAUGGCCGGUAAAGGUGAAGGUCCGGCGAUCGGAAUAGAUCUGGGCACUACCUACUCAUGUGUUGGAGUUUGGCAGCACGAUCGUGUUGAGAUCAUAGCCAAUGAUCAAGGCAACAGGACUACGCCUUCCUAUGUCGGCUUCACCGAUACGGAGCGUUUGAUCGGUGAUGCUGCUAAGAAUCAGGUUGCUAUGAACCCUACCAACACUGUAUUCGAUGCAAAGCGCUUGAUCGGUAGGAGAUUCAGUGAUGCCCCAGUUCAGAGUGACAUAAAAUUGUGGCCUUUCAAAGUCAUUGCUGGUCCUGGGGACAAGCCAAUGAUUGUGGUCAACUACAAGGGCGAAGAGAAGCAGUUUGCGGCUGAGGAAAUCUCAUCCAUGGUUCUCAUAAAGAUGCGUGAGAUUGCAGAGGCCUACCUUGGUUCAACUGUGAAGAAUGCUGUUGUCACUGUUCCUGCAUAUUUCAAUGACUCGCAGCGGCAGGCUACUAAGGAUGCUGGUGUCAUUGCUGGUCUCAAUGUCAUGCGUAUUAUUAAUGAGCCAACCGCCGCUGCUAUUGCCUAUGGUCUUGACAAGAAAGCUACCAGUGUUGGUGAGAAGAAUGUGCUCAUCUUUGAUCUUGGUGGUGGCACUUUUGAUGUCUCCCUCCUCACUAUUGAAGAGGGUAUUUUUGAAGUGAAAGCAACAGCUGGAGACACCCAUCUGGGAGGAGAAGAUUUUGACAAUAGAAUGGUGAAUCAUUUUGUUCAAGAGUUCAAGAGAAAGAACAAGAAGGACAUCAGCAAUAACCCUAGAUCAUUGAGGAGACUGAGGACCUCGUGUGAGAGGGCAAAGAGGACUCUUUCCUCCACUGCUCAGACCACUAUUGAGAUUGACUCUUUGUUUGAGGGUAUUGACUUCUACUCAACAAUUACCCGUGCCAGAUUUGAGGAGCUCAACAUGGAUCUCUUCAGAAAGUGCAUGGAGCCUGUGGAGAAAUGCUUGAGAGAUGCUAAAAUGGACAAGAGCAGUGUCCAUGAUGUUGUUCUUGUUGGUGGCUCUACUAGGAUCCCCAAGGUGCAGCAGCUGUUGCAGGACUUCUUUAACGGGAAGGAGCUUUGCAAGAGCAUAAAUCCUGAUGAAGCAGUUGCCUAUGGUGCUGCUGUUCAAGCUGCUAUUUUGAGUGGCGAGGGCAAUGAGAAGGUUCAGGACCUCCUGUUGUUGGAUGUCACCCCUCUCUCCCUUGGUUUGGAAACUGCUGGAGGAGUCAUGACUGUGUUGAUCCCGAGGAACACCACCAUCCCAACAAAGAAGGAACAGGUGUUCUCUACCUACUCAGAUAACCAACCUGGUGUGUUGAUUCAGGUGUAUGAAGGCGAGAGAACCAGAACUAGAGAUAAUAACUUGCUGGGUAAAUUUGAGCUCUCGGGCAUUCCUCCUGCCCCCAGGGGUGUUCCUCAGAUCACUGUUUGUUUUGACAUCGAUGCAAAUGGUAUAUUGAAUGUCUCUGCUGAGGACAAAACAACUGGGCAGAAAAACAAGAUUACGAUCACCAAUGACAAGGGCAGGCUGUCAAAAGAGGAAAUUGAGAAGAUGGUCCAAGAAGCAGAGAAGUACAAGUCUGAGGAUGAGGAACAUAAGAAGAAGGUGGAAGCUAAGAAUGCCCUUGAGAACUACUCGUACAACAUGAGGAACACCAUAAAGGACGAGAAGAUUGGCGACAAGCUGAACCCUGCAGACAAGAAAAAGAUUGAAGAUGCAAUUGAACAAGCCAUUCAGUGGCUUGACAGCAACCAACUGGCAGAAGCAGAUGAGUUUGAGGAUAAGAUGAAGGAGCUUGAGAGCAUUUGCAACCCCAUCAUUGCUAAGAUGUACCAAGGUGCAGGUGCUGAUAUGGGUGGCUCUAUGGAUGAGGAUGCUCCUGCCAGCGGUGGUCCUGGCCCCAAGAUUGAGGAGGUCGACUAAAUCUAUUCAUGUAGGCUAGUUUCAUAUUUUUAUUUCGACUGGUGUGUUAGAUAGCUAGCUUUAUCGGCACUGUGAUUUGAAUUAUUUUCAUGGCUAGGAAGGACACCGUGGAUUCCAAGUUUUGCUGCUUUUAAGUGCUCAUUUCCCAUUUUGGGUUAUCUCAUGUAUGAGACAAUUGAAUUAGAAGUAUUGGUGCUUCCAUCU